CACUGCGCCCGCCGACAUGGACACCCAGGCAACCUUCACUCAGCUCAACGACCUCUGCGCCGAGAGGAACGGUGGGCAGGUACUGUUCGCAACUGAUGACUGGUUUGCUGUGGCCGAGAACCUCAUAAAGGAGGACCCUCCAGAGUGGCGGGAGGGCGAGUUCACCGAGUGUGGCAAGUGGAUGGACGGCUGGGAGACGAGGCGCCGACGCACCCCCGGUCACGACUGGGCCAUCCUCAGGCUCGGUGUUCCUGGAGUCCUGAGAGGCGUCACCGUGGACACGGCGUACUUCACAGGAAAUUUCGCGCCGCGCUUCUCUCUGCAGGCUGCCAACCUGUCGCGCAAAGAUGAGGCUUGCAUCCCCAACAGAGAUUCUCAUAUCGGGAAUGCUGCGACACCAGAGAUGAUGAAAGAAAUACAGCAGCUCGACUCGCAGCACUGGACGGAGAUCGUACCAAUGACAGCCCUGAGGCCGGGCUACCCAGAGACCCGCUAUAACCACUUCACCAUCAACAGCGACGAGACGUGGACACACGUGAGGCUCAACAUGUUCCCUGACGGCGGAAUCGCCCGGCUACACCUUUACGGGGAGGCCAGGCCCGACUGGAAGAGGUUCAACAUCAAUAAGCUGGUAGAUCUUUUGUUGAUGAAAAAUGGUGGUGUUUGCCUUGGGUAUUCAGAUGCUCACUUUGGUCACCCAAGGAACAUAAUUCGCCCUGGUCCGGGUAUCAACAUGGGAGAUGGUUGGGAAACUGCUAGGCGACUGGACCGACCUCCUGUACUAGAAGAGGAUACUCAAGGAAUACUUCAAGUACCAGGAUGUGAAUGGGCCAUUUUUCGCAUGGGCCAUCCUGGAACUAUUGGUGUGGUUGAAGUUGACACAGCUCACUUCAAAGGCAAUUACCCAGAUUCAAUAAGGAUAGAAGGGGUAUAUUUUGAUCAUCAAGUGGGAGAUACUGUUAUGUGUGAUAACAACAAUGUACCAUGGAAGACACUCCUUCCACCUCAAAAGCUAUUUCCACAUAAACAACACUUGUUCUCAAAGGAUCACCUGAGAUCAAAAGGUCCGUUCACUCAUGUUCGUGUCACCAUAGCACCUGAUGGAGGUAUAAGCCGUCUUCGUCUGUGGGGCUACGUUGAGGUGUAGACCUGCAGAUUAAAAAACUUCUAAUUCUGAGACUGUGAUACAUACAUCAUUACAUGAGGCUACACUAAAUAUUGAAUAAGAUUUCAAUUACGAAAGUUUCCGUAGUUUCAACUGAGAUAUUCAGCUUAUUUUUGUUGUUGUGAUUGUUCAUCUGUCUUGAAAUUAAGAAAAGGGAAGAAAACUGAUAAGUCUAGUAGAACCCAAGUGAGAUUACCAAUCUGCUCAGAUAAAACAAGAAUGUUUUGGCAUGCUCCAAUUAUAAAUGAAAGAGGCUUCAGACCAGAACAUGGCUCUUCUUCACAUGAAUUUGAACUUUAGGAAGCCUUUACUGCUUCAUUGUUACUAUCUAGUCAUAAAUUGUAAAUGGCUGUGUAUAAAGAUUUUAUAUUGUAAAUUAUAAUUUAUUACAUGACUUUUUUAGUGAAUGGUAAUAUUUAAGUAAUUUAAACCUUGUAAAUAUGGAAUGUAAAUAAAAAUUAAAUUUAUUGAUAAAUUAA